AUGACGAUGCUGCCGAGCGGGAUGGUGCAGUUGGCGGGCCAGGGCCACCAACAGCAGCUUCUGGGGCAUUUGGCGCCGCAGCAGGCGCAGCAGGCCCAUCAGCCGCACCAGCUCUCGCAGCAGCCCGUCGGAAUCUCUGCUGGGUAUGCGCAGGCGCCGCAGCCGCUUCCGGAGGUGCGCAUUCCCUUAGGCGGCGCCGCACUGGCCGCAGCGAUCCCCGUGGCCGCUGCCGGCCAGGCCGCGCCACAGCAGCAGCUCUACGUCGCUCCAGGUAUGAUGCCGACCCCGGGUGUCGUGUUGCCUGUGACGAACCCGGCGUUUGCGAUGGGCGCUUGGGCAAUGCAGAUGCAGCAGGCGCAUCUGCAGCACUUGACCCAGCAGCAGCAGCAGCAGCUGCUGCAGCAGCAGCCGCCAGCACCUCAGGCACAGCAGCCGCUGCCUCAGCAGCAGCAGCCGCUCGUGUAUGUUUACGCGCCAGCCGCUCCCCCACCCGGCCCCAAGCCGCCGUCGGUCGCCACGCCUGCGCCCCCAAACGGCUUUCAUUCGCAAGCGGCCGCCGCCGUUGCCGGCACGGUGCAGUCUCACAGCGUCGCAGCCGGGGCGGCGCUAUGA